AUGUGGGCGUGAAGAGCUCUGCUCGGCGUAGUAACGAGGGAGAGCUGGGGGGAGCACAGACAGCGGAGCCGCCGCCGGCCGGGGAGCUUCGCUCUGAAGAACAAUAACAAGAAAAAGACCCCCCCUCCCCUAGAAAAAAUGUCGAACCGAAAGCACCGGGACAACCAGGAGAUCUGCUCCCGCAAGGUCCGGGAGCUGGCCCAGUCCGGAGUAAACAGACACUGCUUCGAGUGCAGCCAGCCCGGCGUCACCUACACGGACAUCACGGUGGGCAGCUUCGUCUGCACGUCGUGCUCCGGAAUGCUGAGAGGCCUCAACCCUCCCCACAGAGUCAAGUCUAUCUCCAUGACUACUUUCUCCCAACAGGAAGUGGAGUUCCUUCAAAACCAUGGCAACGAGGUCGGCAGACGGACCUGGCUGUGUGUGUUUGACCCCAAGGCCGACAGCUUCCCCGAUCUGAAGGACUCUCAGAAGUUCAAAGAGUUUCUUCAGGACAAAUUUGAGAAGAAGAAAUGGCACUUUUCCAAAAGCAAAAACCGAAGGGAUGUGGAGGGUCCGUGGAGUCCCGGGGUCCAGGGCGUGCCGCCCUCCCACGGGCCCUUAUCCAACCAGAACCUGCCCCCUAAUGCCAGAACUGCGAGGCCUUUGUCUCAGGCUCAGCUGCCGUCAUGGGAUCGAGCUCCUGCCAUCUCUCCUGCCGACAUGAGGACGGAUGCUUUCACCGCACGGCCGUCUCGAUCCCAGAGCUUCAGAGACGCCCCCCUGAAAGACCCCACCCUGUGUGGUAUUGAGAGACAGCGUCCCGGCUCCCUGUCGUCCACGCUGGGAGGUCCAGGCCACACGCCCUCAUUCCCGGCGCUGCCGCGGCCUUCAGCCAGUAGCUCUUUCAAAAACCACUUCACUUUAGGUCGUUCGGUGUCGGCCUCGGGGGUGGCCGGGCCCUUCAGGGUGUUCCCCAAGUCCCUGAGCGUGGACUUCGGAGGCCUGGGCCACCCGCAGGCUCUGCCGCAGUCGUUGUCGCAGUCGCAGCAGCAGCCCGGCGGCGUGUGCCAGACCACGCCGCCGCCCGGCGGCUGCAGGGGCUCCGGCCAGGACAGAUACGCCGCCGUGUCGCACCUGGACAGCGUUUUCUCUGAUACGCCCACACCCGCAGCUCCACCUAGUGGUCCUCCGCAGUACAGCGCCAUCUUCGGCAGCAGGCUCUCGUCCAGCUCCACUCCUGCCAGCUCCCCUGGAGGCGAUGCCGUCUCCAGCUCCCAAACUUUCGCAAAUUUCCCCAACCCGUUUACCUCCGGCUCGGCCUCCCAGCAGCCUCUUGCCCUCUCCCCCAGUAACCCCUUCAGCGGCGCCUCAGGAGGUGACUCCAGUGCAUUUGUCACUUCGCCCACGUCAGUGUUUCCUCCGUCCGCCUCCUUCCCCACGUCAAUCACCCAGAAUGCAUUUCCUCACGAGUCAACCGCCAAUCAGGAAGCAAACGGUUUUGCCUCCUUCCCUGCGUCCGAGUCCCAGUCCAAAGCCCCCCGGCCCAUGUCUGUGAACCCGUUCACGGGGAAUGUUUACCCCAGUCGGGGGACGUCAAGAAACCCUUUCAUCUGACAACGCCCCCCCUUCUCCCUUCUCCCUUCUAACUUCUCUGGGAACCGAUGGAGGAGUGAACUUAAGGAGUCGGUGCCAUUUCGAAGCCUCUGAAGUGUUUUCACCCUAUCAGCGAGGGUCGGACUUCUUCUCCCGCCCUCACAUUUUCCUCCGUGUCUGUGUUUACGUGUUUUUUGAAGGGUGAAGAAAAAAAAAACUGAAAAACAAACCCGUGUGUGUGUGAAUGUUAUAACAUCGUGUGUAUGAGUGCGUUUGCCUGCUGUGUUUGUACCACGUGACAUGCUGUAAUGUCAAAAGGUGUUUGUGUGCGGAGGAGACGCCACCUCAGGGCUCUGUGGGAGUCGCAAGUAAGCAACGCCUCUUUAAUUUCACCCAGAAAUGCACACAUAUACUACACGAGUUGCUGCUGCUAUUGUGCUUUCAUCUCCUGCUUACAAGUGCAAAACGGAUACAGAAAAACAGCCCGCCGGGGGGAAAAGAGUCUUCUGCUUUAAUACAUUCAGUUCUCAAUGGCUGACAGCAGGGGCGUCAAUUGGGUAUGGCUAGGUACGGCAGCCGCCACACCUCGGCUUCAAGGGAAAAUGUAAAUGUUUGUUUUUUAAAUACAUUUAUGGAAUUACUCUGUCUAUUUGUAUUGAUUAUUCUAUUAUUUAAUACAUAGAAAAUAACUACAAAUGCAAAUCAGAACAACAUGAUCCAUUUCACAAGGUAUUACACUGCAAAAACUCAAAAUCUUAACAAGAAUAUUUGUCUUAUUUCUAGUAAAAUGUCUGAUUUUUAGUCAAAAAAAUCUCAUUACAUUUAAGACAAGACUCAAAAACUCAAAAAACAAC